UCCUUCUUCUUCCUCUUCUUGUUAGUCUGUUAAAUUCGUACUGAAUCCGAUUUUUAUUUCUGCUUUUUUUUUUCCUGUUCGUGAUUGUUCAUGUGAUUGAUUAUCUCGAAUUCAGCGAAAUCAGGCUCCGAGAUUCGUCGCUUGAUAUUCUGGAUUCGUAUGAUUGUUUUUAUUUCACGAUCGACGUACCUAUGAAGUGAUUAGAAACGCCAUGGGAAUUCUAGAUUCUUCACAGUUUAGCUUUCACUCGAAACUGGACUUAAGAUAGUUUUGGGAGUUCCUAACUUUUGACCGCAAAACUUUUCUCAAAGAUGGCGUUUUUCGCACUGUCCCGUGUUUCACGACGGUUACUGAAACCAUCCGUCUCCGCAACUCAAUCUUCGUUUUCUGUUUUCAAGUCUCAACAUAUAUACUUUUCCAAACCUGUAACUACUACCCAUUACAUCAAUCCUUUCCCUAAGUAUCCUUCAUGGAACUAUAACGACGAAGUAUGGAGUAAAGGGACGGAAUUGCAUCAGGACAACUUCAUUGGUCUUGGCUGGAACUACAGAUUAGUUGCUGGAAUGUCGUACUCGUCUUCCUCUUCGGCUAUGGAUGGAAAUCCUAAGAAAGAUGACAAGGAGAAGAGUGGUGUUGGUGUUAAGGAAGCUUCUUGGAUAGAUUUGUAUUUGCCGGAAGGAGCUAGAGGUUAUGCUAAGCUUGCUCGAUUGGAUAAACCUAUUGGAACCUGGUUGCUUGCUUGGCCAUGUAUGUGGUCAAUUGCAUUGGCUGCUGAUCCUGGAAGCCUUCCAAGUUUUAAAAUGAUGGGUUUAUUCGGUUGCGGAGCAUUGCUUCUCAGAGGUGCUGGCUGUACUAUUAAUGAUCUACUUGAUCAGGACAUAGAUACAAAGGUUGAUCGUACAAGAUUAAGACCUAUUGCCAGUGGUCUUUUGACACCAUUUCAAGGGAUUCAAUUUCUUGGGCUACAGUUGCUUUUAGGCUUAGGGAUUCUUCUCCAACUUAACAAUUAUAGCCGUGUUUUAGGGGCUUCAUCUUUGUUACUCGUCUUCUCCUACCCACUUAUGAAGAGGUUUACAUUUUGGCCUCAAGCAUUUUUAGGUUUGACCAUAAACUGGGGAGCACUCUUAGGAUGGACUGCAGUUAAAGGAAGCUUAGAGCCAGCUGUUGUAAUCCCUCUUUAUCUCUCAGGAGUCUGCUGGACCCUUGUUUAUGAUACUAUUUAUGCACAUCAGGACAAAGAAGAUGAUGUGAAGGUUGGUGUUAAGUCAACGGCUCUUAGAUUCGGUGAUAAUACAAAGCUUUGGCUAACUGGAUUUGGCACAGCGUCCAUGGGGUUUCUUGCACUUUCUGGACUGAGUGCAGAUCUCGGGUGGCAAUACUACGCGUCACUGGUGGCUGCAUCGGGACAGUUAGGAUGGCAAAUAGGGACAGCUGACUUAUCAUCUGGCGCUGACUGCAGUAGAAAAUUUGUGUCAAACAAGUGGUUUGGUGCUAUUAUAUUUAGUGGAGUUGUGCUUGGAAGAACUUUUCAAUAGAGAUAGCUCUCUCUCUCUCUCUCUCUCUCUCUCUCUCUCCUCGCUGUUAACUAAUUCGGGAGAAGCCAUUGUCAGAUAAGCUGAAACUUGAUUCUUUUCAGUUAGUUUCUGAUUCUGUUAAAAAAGCAACUGUUGUUUGUUCGGGAUUCAUGUCUUAUAGUUGACAUACAUGAAUAGUGAUGGUAUCAAUUAUUUGUAAAAUACAGGAUUUUGUUUCCCCAUUCUUGUUAAA